AUGGAUGAUAUAUGGGAGGAAGAAAUUGAUGAAGAAGAAAUGGAUGAAGAAAUGGAAGAAGAGAUAUAUGAAACAGUUAAGUACUUAUUGACGGCAAUUCAAGCAGUAAUCAUCUUAUUAAAAGAGAACAUGAUUAUGAUUCAUCAACGUAUUGAACCAUCUCUUAAACGACAACCAGUUACUCGGACGGGAUAUUAUUUUAUACAAGAUAUGCUAAAGGGAGACCCACAAAGUUUUCGGGAGUUGCAUAGAAUGUAUCCGGAUGUGUUUCUAAAGUUGUGUGACAUCAUUAGACAGAGUACUCUUUUGGAAGACACAAGGUAUAUCUGUGUUGAAGAAAUGGUGGCUACAUUCUUGAUUAUUGUAGGCCACAAUGAUCGUUAUUGUAAUGUUCGUCAAAGGUUUGGUCGCUCACACUUCACUACUAGUCAAAACUUUCACAGAACCUUGAAGGCUUUAAACACAAUAGCACCACAGAUGAUGGUUAAGUCCGGAGGUGUGCCCUCUAAAAUUAGGGAAAAUACAAGAUUCUACCCUUAUUUUAAGGAUUGUAUUGGUGCUAUUGAUGGAACUCAUAUUCCUGCCAUGGUGAAGGGCCGAGAAGUAAGUAGCUAUCGGAACCGUCAUGGAAUUCAAUCUCAAAACGUUUUGGCAGCAUGCAACUUCGAUUUGGAAUUCAUGUAUGUGCUUAGUGGGUGGGAAGGUUCGGCACAUGAUUCAAAAUUGCUAAAUGAUGCAUUAUCAAGAAGAAAUGGACUUGAAGUCCCUCACGGUAGAUUUUUUCUUGUGGAUUGUGGAUUUGCUAAUCGACGCCAAUUUUUGUCUCCAUUACGCGGUGUACGAUACCAUUUAAAAGAUUUUGGUGGUCAAGGUCGUCACCCGAGAAAUGCUAGUGAGUUAUUCAAUCUCCACCAUGCAUCAUUGAGGAAUGUGAUUGAAAGAAUAUUUGGUAUCUUUAAAUCGCGGUUUACAAUUUUCAAAACCGCACCUCCAUUCCAAUUUGUGACACAAGCGGAGUUAGUGUUAGCUUGUGCCGGACUACACAACUUUCUUAGAAAAGAAUGUCGCUCCGAUGAAUUUCCAAGUGAACAAGAAGAUGAUCAAUCUUCACCAUUUCUUGACAUGGAAGAUGAAAAUCUUGAAUUGCUUUCUCAAAGCCAACGACAACAAAGAGCGGAAGCUAAUGCUUGGAGAACUACUAUUGCCGAUGCUAUGUGGGAUGAUAGGCCAAGAAAUGAUGAUGAUGAAAAUGAAGACGAUCAAGACAAUGAGAAUAAUGAGGAACACAUGGAUGGUGAGAAUCAAGAGGUUAAUGAUGAUAAUGAAAUGAGAGAAUAUGAUGCAUUCUAA